ACACAAAAUGUCAAUAAUGUUUUGUUUGUUGUUUAUUUCCAGGCAUGGUGAGGAAAUUUUGAUAUUUGACAGAAACAUCAAAAAGUGUCUUAAGGGUAUUUUUCUCUCUUUAUUCCUUCCUUAUUUUCCUUUAUUUCUUUAUUUUAUUUUAAAGUUUGACUACUUUUUGCCACUUUCUCUUCGUCUCACUUGUUUUUCUAUUUUCAGUUUCACUGUCAAGACCAAUUCCAUUUCUCACUGGUCUCAAUAUGGGAAUUAACUACAACUGUUCUAAAACUAAAUGAUGCUUACAGAUCUGAGUAUCUUUUCCCAUCACAGCAUUUUCAGUAUGGUUUGUUCUAUUGCAACUAUGAAUGCAGUAACAGGCAGACAUAGUCAUGCAUACAAACAUUCCAUCUUUGCAGCAAAAUGAAAGAAAGAUAUUAAAAAGAAAGGGAGACAAAAUCUCAUGUAACUUUCUUCUGACUCAGAAGAAACAGAAUUGGAAUUGGAAGGAAUGGCAGAACUUAUUUUACAAGUCUUUCUAUUAACUAAAUUUGACUCUUUUGUUUUCUUUCCUUUUUUUUUUUUUUUUAAUGCUUGUCUUUGUGAGGGAGGAGUUAAAAUCCACAAUUUCAUUCAAAUGCAUGGAAAUUGAAAUGACUUGAUACAUUCCAAGGAAAAUCUCAAUUUUGUUUUCAAAAUCUGUCUUCAAGUCAAUUCUUGGUGGCUUAAUUUCAGAGAGAUAUUUAGAUAAUGGAAUUGUCUUCAUGGUUUCCAAUGCUCUUACGAUCUCAUUGGAAAAUUAGACACUGCUGAGGGAUUUCUUUGAGGAAAGGUGGAAGUCAGUAUGUGAUCUCGGCACCCUGAAAGACAAUUGAGGAACAUAUAUUCUUUUAAAAAAUGCUUGAAUUGAGAAAAUUUAUGAUGGAAUUUGUUAUUCCUUGGGCUGGUUGUUCUGAUAUCGACUGUAAAGUGAUUUAAAUUGUUCAGUCAUAAUACACUUCAGAUAUGAGUGAUCUAUACUUAGUUUCCUUUCAUAAUCCGUGGAUGUAUUGUUAGGUUAUUGAGUAAGUAGAGUGCAAUUAAUCUAGACUUGUUUGACUGUCUAUAUUAGAAUGAAUUGUAUAGUACCCUGGAAGGGCCUACUUUUGUCAUUUGGAGAGGGUGUAUACAGGAGUAGCUCAGAAAGACAGUUACAUUGUAAACCACAAAAGUUAGCCUACUAUAGGAGACUGGACUGAUACUUUAUGAUUUACACUUAAUCCUGGUGCCCAUUCACAGGGUGUAGAGAAAAUGUGGAACACCUGACGACAUGUGGAUGUUUUCAGUUUAUAUUUCCAGUACAAUGCCCAAGUUAGUGGGAAUCUAAAUCACUAGCUUUCAAGUGUUUCACCAUAAGGAGUUCCUUAAACUAGACAAUGGUUCAAAGGGUGUGCAUAUUAGGCAGUCUAAGUAUACCUGAAUUUGCUUAAAUAUUUUAGUAUAUUUACACUGGUAUUUGUUUAUUUUUCUGUGAUUGCUGUUUUUCAGGGUUUUACAGAGUCAAAAUGGAGUAUGAGAACAACACGGUAGUUAAAGAGUUUGCUGUAGGAUUUCCUCAAACCCACAAAGUCCAGAUGAUUCUCUUCUUCUUCUUCCUGCUGUUCUAUAUGAUAAUUCUCCCAGGCAACAUCCUUAUCAUUCUCACAAUUCAAGGGGAGUCCCAACUGGGAACACCCAUGUAUUUUUUCCUGGCCAAUUUGGCAUUCUUGGACAUCUGUUACUGUUGUGUGACCCCACCUAAAAUGUUGGCUGACUUUUUCUCACACCAUAAGACAAUCUGCUACAAUGCCUGUAUGGCGCAGCUUUUCUUCCUCCACUUCCUGGGAGCAGCUGAAGCUUUCCUGCUCAUGGCCAUGGCCUAUGACCGUUAUGUAGCCAUUUGCAAACCUUUUCACUACACCAGGCUUGUGAACAGGGCAGUAUGCUAUGUCCUGGUUGGAGCUUCAUGGGCAGGGGGCUUCAUCCACGGCAUCACUCUAUUUGCUCUCACCAUUGCUCUCCCCUUCUGUGGCCCCAACAUCCUGGACAACUUCUUCUGUGAUGUCCAUCAACUGGUUAAAUUGGCCUGUGCUAAUACUCACAUAGUGGAACUUUUGAUGUUUCUCAACAAUGGAGUUGUCAUUGUCAUGUGCUUUGCACUUCUCCUCAUCUCCUACACUGUCCUGCUGCUGAAGCUCCAGACACAGUCCUCCAAGGCAAAGAGCAAAAUUGUUUCCACCUGUGUUUCCCACAUCAUUGUGGUUUUUGUCAUGUGUGGCCCAGCUAUGUAUAUCUAUGUCUUACCCUUCCAAGCUGUCCCAAUGGAAAAGGUUGUUGCUCUUUUCCAUACAGUCAUCUUCCCACUGACUAAUCCCAUGAUCUAUACCCUGUGUAACAAGGAGAUCAGAAGCUCAGUGUGGAAGUUGGUCAGCAAAUACAUAUUUACGUGUGGAAAAAUAAAACAAACAAACAAACAAGUAUUUUAA